AUGCAAGACAUGCCACAGAACAACACACACGUUGAGGAGACCCUUCAUCCAAACAAGACAAGGUUUAAUAACAGCAAUAAUCCUAAUUCUAGCAUCAGCAUCAACAAUGGAGACCCAAAGGCCAUUCUCAUUAACACCCAGCUCAGCCAUCUCAACCAACUGAACCAUCUUAGCCAUGCCAAUAGGGUAUCGUCCACCUCUUCCUCGUACACUUCAACAACUUCUCCAUCCAAUUUCACCUCCUUUUCUUAUAAUAACAGCAAUAGUCCGUCGGUUCAGCCACCAGUUUCAUUGUCUCUCCAAAGAAACUCGUUGAGCUCUAGGUCCGGGUCCAUAGAGAACCUCUCAAAUAGUAUACCCAACGGCAUACUUAUUCCACCACCUACACAACAACAACAACAACAACAACAACAACAACAACAACAACAGCAACCGCAACCGCAGCUUCAACAUUCUCUCUCCUUCAACCAUUCCUACACAUCUUCAAUAACACCUGCUGGUAGACGAUCCUUACUCACCUCGAAGUUAAAGGAAGAAUCUCUACGUAGACCUCAUCAAUUACCACAGUUCCAGAAACAGCAUCAACUACACCAUCUUCAACAAAACCAAUUACAGCAUCAACAAUUGCAGUUACAACAGGCGUACCAACAACAACAACAAUACCAUCAUCACCAUCAUCAACAACAGCAACGUCAACAACAACAACAGCAGCAGCAAUACCAAGAAGACACACAGUUUCCUACACCGGCACGCGCUACUGCAACUACAAAUGUAUCCAAAGACCUGGUGUUCUCAACAAACAAUAGUAGUAACUCUACUCUUUACCAAGAUGCCCCCACAGAUAGCUCUUUCAGUACAGGAAGAAGUAAUGUAGGUAAUCUCAGUCAAAAUAUAAACCAUCAAUUUCUAUCAGUUUCGGCGCCUGCUCAUGCUCCAAUCCAUCACCAACACCAACACCAACAACUACAACAACAAGAGCAAACCUUAAUACCACCACCUAACUAUCAAUCCCAUCAUGAGCCAGAGUCAACGAAAAGUAUAAACAUAGCAGAGUUCCCCCCUAAUGACUUACUAGUUAUGUUGUCUGCAUUGUUACAAAAAAUCAUUGAAGCAAAUGAUAUAUUACACACCGAUGGGAAUCUGAAUCCAGUUAUACCAUCGUCAUCAGUGAAUGCCACCAGCACGUCAUCGUCAUUCUCCAACGAGACCACCCAUUUGUUCAAUGAUAAAUACAAUGCUAAUGUCAUGGCCUUUCGUGGGCGAAAUAUUCCGGCAAUUUCCAUUUAUUCUUACCUUAAGCGGAUCAUUAAGUACUGUCCCGCAACAAAUGAUGUGUUUCUUUCUUUAUUGGUGUAUUUUGAUCGAAUUGCAAAACGUGCAAAUAAUACCGUCCAUACCCAAGAAGAUGCAAUCAUGCAAGACGAUACAACAGAAUCGCCCUCAGAAUCGCCGUUCCAGGUCUUUGUUAUGGAUAGUUAUAAUAUUCAUCGGUUGAUUAUAGCUGGUGUUAUCGUUGCUUCCAAAUUUCUGAGUGACGUGUUCUAUAAGAAUUCGAGGUAUGCCAAGGUUGGGGGGUUGCCAUUAGAAGAACUGAAUCAUUUAGAGCUACAAUUUCUACUGUUGUUAGAUUUUCAGUUGAUGAUUCAGAAGGAAGAGUUGGAGAAAUAUGCCGAACUACUUUCACGUUUCUGGAAAAGACAACAAUUGCAACAGCAACAGCAACAGCAGCAACAGCAGCAACCGCAACAACCGCCACCCACUUAA